AUGGAAGCUCGAGCGAGCACCAAUAUACUUCAAAAAAUGAAGGAAAAAGAAUCCCGAAAUUUUCGGCGCUGCGGUUCCGCAGACAAGCGGUUGCUUCCUGCCGACUCCUCUUCGCUCUCUCUCUCUCUCUCUCUCUCUCCGUCGCGCCUCGUCCCGUACGCUCGCGCUCGUAGUGGCCUUUUGCGCCGUGAGAGCGACGGAUCGGGAGUGGUUUUCGGCCUCGGCGGCCUGGACACUGGAGCCCUGCCCUGGGGUGGGGGCUGGCUGGGGGGCAGGCAGCGGGCGAAGCGGACGCGUGGAUUGGUUGGCCCUGCGCUGCCACGGUUACUGUUGUUAGAAAACUUAGCAGCGCCGCCGGCCUCCCCGUCCCGCUGCCGCUGCCGCUGCGCAUCCGGCCACGCCGACCUCCCCGUCACGCCCCGCAAGGCGCCGCCGGCCUCCCCGUCCCGCUGCCGCUGCCGCUGCGCAUCCGGCCACGCCGACCUCCCCGUCGCGCCCCGCAAGGCGCCGCCGGCCUCCCCGUCCCGCCGCCGCCGCGCAUCCGGCCGCGUCGGCCUCCCCGUCGCGCCCCGCAAGGCGCCGGCGGCCUCCCCGUCCCACCGCCGCCGCGCAUCCGGCCGCGUCGGCCUCCCUGUCGCGCCCCGCAAGGCGCCGCCGCCCUCCCUAUCGCGUCGCCGCCAAGCUCGCGCGCCGCCUCCGAAAGCAUGCCGCCGGGCGCCGCCGCCGUUCCCUUGCUCGCCGACAAACCCGGGACACGGUGAAUGCGGCAGCUAG